AAGCGUUUAUCAGCAUAGAUUACGCCUUGCUUCCAGCAUGCAGGUGUUGCAAAUUAACCCUCUUCAUCAGUGCUAUUGCAUCUUAGUCUUCGCCAAUUUCUGAAGCCGCUACCCUCUUUGCUUUUCUAUUACCCCUUGCUAUGUAAGACUGCCUUCGGCCCAGCUAAAAAAAUGGGGCGGUUUCAGGGUGGCGCGGCAGAGAACUUGACCGCGGGAGCUAUGAUCCACGGUUGGGAGGCUGUAUGUAAGCUUUGGCAAGCAUCAAGUAUUUUGGAUGAAGAGGAUGCGCCGGAGCACCCUGCAGGAAGUGGAGACGACGUGCAUGACUACAACGUUCGGCAGAAUUUGCAUACAGCUUCUGAGCUUAUUGAGGCUGCGCUGGCCAAAUUCAGUUGUACGGUCGUGCACGAUGUCGCUGGGCACGUUUACAAUCCGCUUUUGCAUGAACUGGAUCCGGCCGACCCAGAGGUGGAGAUGUUGCGGAUGCGCCACGGCAACAGGCUGAACGAAAUGCUGUGCAAGGCGGUGGUUACCACCGUUGUACGACCUGGGCUGGAGGUGGCGGGCCUGAUGCGUGCCCGAACCAGGGUUCGGGUGGCCCUGCAGCCCUUCCAAGGGGCCGCAUCCCAGCCGCCCCGGGCCGCCUCCGCCACCCCCAUCGCCCCCGCGCUCCUCGCCACUAUCUGCGACCGCGACCCCCUCCCAGACGGCCCUGGUGCCGCAGCCCCAGCCGCAGCCCGGCAGCAGUCCCUCCGCCCUCCAGCCCCGGAGCGACGAGCAGCCUCCGCAGAGCCCUGCCCACCCGCCGCCGGCCCCCCAGCGGUUGAGGUCGCGAUGAGGAGGGCUGGCAGCGCCGCCGCUACCGGUACCGCUGCUGCUCUGGAAGCAGCUCAGCAAGCCCGCUUGCCUUCCCCCGCUCAAAUCCCUCCGCCUACUUCCAAGAACAGCAACGGCAGCAACAGCAGCACCAACAUUAACACCUUCCGGACGGGUGCGGGCAGCUGCACGCAAGGCCCUCUUGCGGACGCCGGUUUGCCGUACGGCACGGGGGCUGUCGGCGGCGGCAAGGGAGAGGCGGGUCUACACGGCGGCCAUGAGGAGGACGGGGAGGAGGAUGCAUGCUCCGAGUCUUCGCUACUGGAGCUGUGCUCCGGCGGUGGCAGGUUGGGUAGCAGCGGUGGGACAGUUGGCUCGCCUGAAGAGGCGGAACAGCAGGGGAGGCACAGCAGCGGCAUCGGCGGCGGCGGGGACAUGUACGGCGACCGGGCUGGACCCGCGGGGUUGGGUAAUGGGGCUGGCAUGCAGGUUGGAAAGUACCAGCAACACGGCCCGUUUGCCACUAGCCACUCGGCCCCACUUUCCAGCAAGAACCUGCCAGGAGCACACCCCUCGCAGCCACCGCAGCCACCGCAGCCGCACCCUCAGCCCAUGGUACUAGGGGCUGUGGCAGCGCAGGGCUGCGGUAGCGGUCGUAGCGCUGGCGGCGCCGCUGUUCCCGUGCUGCUAGCGCUCGAGAGGGCGGCCACAUCCAUGGCGGCGGCGGCGGCCGUUCCACGUCAGACUUCCGUACAGCCCAGCGCUGACGGCGACGCCGGUGACGUCGCCGCUGCGCCGCCGCCGGCAGCGGCAGCGGCAGCGACCCGGAAGGAGCCAUCCGCAGGGCAGCCGACGACGGAAGCGGCAACACGGGUUAGCAACGGGCAGCGGCAGUACGGAGGUGGGUGUCGUACAGUCAACGGUGGUCACAGUACGGCAGCAGCCAUGGCGGCGGCGGCGGUCUUCAAGGCGGCUACAAGAGCGGCAGUGGUGUCUUCUUCGCUGUCUAGCACGACAACAGCCGUCGUCCUACCGCCGCAGGGGCCUCCGACGGCGGCGGCAGCGCCUCGCUCUUCCGCUGCCGCCGUCGCCGCGGCUGCCGCCUCCAGAGUUGCGGCAGCAACAGCAGCAGUAGCGGCGGCGGUGCCCUCACCGCCCACUGGCGCCGCUGCCGCCGCGACGGGCGCCUCAAGUCGGGAGCCCCAGCCGAAGGGUCAGGGCGGCUCUGGCCAAGGAGCCGAACCUCGCCCCCGACCCAUGGGUCCCUCCGUAGGCUCCGUAGCUGCGCCUGUGGCACCUUCAGCAGCAGAGGCGACAGGAGCGGAGGAAGGCGGCGGCGAUGGAGCAGCCGCCGCCGGCAGCGGUAGCGGCGUGCGACGACGGCGGCGGAAGGGAAGCAGCGGGCGGGGUGCAGGAGACGACAGCGGCAGCAGUGCCGGCGGGGCGACAACAAGCCCCCAGCCAGUGGUGGCUCCAGCUGUGGGGGACGGCGGUAGCGCCGUGUCGGGGCCGCGGCCGUCUGGGUCGCUAGCACCGGACCCGCAGCUGCAGCCGCCCCGCCAGCAGCACGGAGCGCAGCAGAGUGGACAGCAGGAGCAGCAGCGGGCAGAGCAGCUGCAGCCAACGCGGCAAACGCGGCGUCAGCGGCGGUCACGGCAAGGCGACCAGGAAGAAGCACCACCGCAGCAGCAACCACCACCACCGCAGCAGCAGCAGCAGCGGCCGCACCCGCAGCAACAGCAGCAGCAGUACGAGCCGAGAGAGCGUUACGAGCGCCGCCCGAGAGGAGCCCCAGCCGACACCCCGCACCACCCCCAACAGCAACAGCCGCAGCAGCAGCAACCAUUGCCGGCGCCGUCUCUACCGCCAUUGCCACGUCAGUCGACGCCGCUGCCGCCGCAGCAGCAACAGCAGCAGCAUCCAAGCGACACGGCAGGCCCCAGCCGCAGCCGUAAUCCGCUAGAAGCAUCAGUAGCAGCAUCAGCAGCAGCCGAUGUUGUGGAUGGGGAGGGCGGUGAGGAUGGGGAGGACUGGCACAAGGAGGAGGAUAGCGGGCGUGGCGGU